AUGAAUGAAACAGGGCUUCGCAGGAUCCUCCCUGAACAGUAUUCAGGGAGUGGGCAGACUUUUGGCACCCAACGCCACCCGAGCAUUAUUGACCCCAUCCUGUCAAAGCGGGUCUGCUUCUACAAAAGUGGCGACCCUCAGUUCAACGGUCUGCGCCUGGUCAUCAACAACCGCACCUUUAAAACCUUUGACGCGCUCCUGGACAGCCUCUCUAAGAAGGUUCCCCUGCCGUUCGGGGUGAGAAACAUAACAACCCCCCGGGGAGUUCACGCGAUCAACACUUUGGAUGAACUCGAGGAUGGAAAAUCCUACAUCUGCUCUGACAGCCGUAAGGUAAAACCUAUCAAUCUGGCCCUGGCCAGGAAAAAGCUGCCGCCUUGGUACCACGCCAGGCCCGUUAGUUCUCGACGCCGGACUGUACAGCAGGCCAGGUUUUUCCCAGGCCGAAGCAUCCACAAGCAGGAGCAGGUGCUUGUGCGAACGCCGAAGAGGCUGCUGGUGUUUCGCAAUGGAGACCCCACUGCAAAACACACCGUGGUGCUCAACAAGAAGACCAUCCUGAGCUAUGAGGCUAUCCUGGAAUACAUCUCAGCACUGCUGCAGUUCCAUGUGGUGAAAUUACACACUCCUGAUGGCAGACGUGUUGAUGGUCUUCCAGGCUUGAUAUUGUGUUCUGGGACUGUGGUUGCUGUAGGCAGGGAGCCUUUCAGACCUGCAAUCUACUCUGCACAGAAAUCACCAGCUCCAACAUGGCUGCAUACCAACCGAAUGGGUGUCCGAAGACAAAAGGCUUUGAACCGUACGUUUAUAUACUCAUCUAGAUUUUCAGUAGACGAGACCAUUUCACAAGUACAUUUUGAGGAGUUGUUUAAAAAGAAGUCUCUGCCAUACUCUUCAAAGUCAAGAAAUUUUUCCCCAUCAUCUGAGAGGUACAUUGUUCAUCAGAUUCAUAACACCAUCGCAGAGAGUUCGUGUGAAAUACACAGCAAUCCCACGAACUCUGUCGAGUUUGAGUCCAGUCGUAUAUUGGAGUCGGUAGCAGAGACGGAAGGAGACACCUGCCUCGGCGAUGGAGUUGACGGACAGACAUGUUCGCUGCCCAGCGAGGACGACAUUGAGAAGUCCUUUCGGGUGAAUCAGGAUGGCAGCAUGACAGUGGAGAUGAAGGUGCGGCUGACGAUUAAGGAAGAGGAAACCAUCCACUGGACGACCACCCUGUCACGCUCAAGUGUAGCCAGUCAGCUCAAUGCAGCCUGUUUACCGGAGCCUGAAGCAGAGCAAGAGAUGUGCUCACUGAAAUCCACCUCACUGGAUUUACAAAGUCCUACUUCUUCCAUCGACACCUUCAACAAGGAUAGAACUAAAGACAACAAUGACGAGGAUCCACCGUCGCCGAGCAAUGGCGCUUUCAGUGAGACUGGUACUGAAGAGGAUGAGAUCAAAAACCACACCGAUGUGGCGUCCCCCGGGAGAGCUCCUACCCCAGGACACAAACAAAUUAGCACAAAGCAAGCUUCUAUGGAGAGCAUCAAAUCGGUGACGCCAGAUGGGAUUCAGGAGGGAAUGAUUGGAUCUUAUUCUUACAGAGAAAAGACAGAAAAUCGAACCAUGACAGAGCAGUACUGUAUGAUCAAACAGAGUAGCACUAGACCAGUGCCUAAACCGAGAAGACUUGGCUCUGUGGACACCAAUAGUAGAAAUGUCUCUGCAUUCAAAUCAACAGGAAUAAUGCAGAUUGAAUCCAGUGGAGAGGAGGUCACUGAAACUGUCUUACACAUAUACGAACAACAGACUUGCCAGGAAAAUUUCCUUGCAAAUACAUCAAUGCAUAUGGAGAAAAAGAGCGAAAACGAAUCCUGUGAUAUUAGCGAAAGCAUGUCACUGCCUGCUUUUAACUCCUCCACCUCUGUCACUAAUGAAUAUGUAGAGAACUGGCUGGAGAAAGCUCAUCUCAACCUGCCACUGUAUCCAAAUGAGGAAAGUACAAAACAAGAGGAAGUAACAGAAAAUGACAGAUGUGAAGAGUCUGAGAAGAAGCAUGGCUUGAUCAUUGCAGAAGAAAAGCCAAACAUGAAACCAGUCCUCGAGAAGAUUUGCUUCUCAAUCAAGUCAAUAAGACAAAUGACUCAGAACAAGCGGCCGUCGUGUCUGGAAAAGUCCAACAGCUUGCCUGACUUCUCCUCUCAUGUGGCCUCCACAUUCGGUUCCUCAUCUAAAGCUCUCCUUGCUUUCCUCUCCGUCAUGACCCUAAAGGAAGGCAUAACUAACCUGAAUAUGGAUGAGCUGAAUGCCAACAACGUCAGCUGUGCAGAGGCUUUAAAAAUGAUCGAUUCUCUCAGAGAAAUUGCCAGCAUUGAGGAUUCCCACAAACUGAAAACUAGCCUGUCAAAUCUGCAACAGUCAGCUUCGAAGCAGCUCCUGCAAAGUUGGAAGGGCUUUCAGGAACUCGGCGACAAGUGCAAAAGUCGCAGUUCGACGCCAGAGAGCUUAGAACUCAUAACCGAGGAUGGUCCAGAGCAAGACUGUGGCAUUGAAGAGAGCGUUAUUAAUGAGAUCAUGGAAAGCCUCGACAUACCCGAGAAGCUCAAGGAGGAACUGGCUUCUCUUAGAGUCGGUGCAAAAAGUGACAAUGAUGAAAAGAUAUCACCAAAUGCCAACGCCAACCAUUUCUCCACGGAAGAUUGUGCUAAUGUUACUCAGGAAGAUAAUGUUGAUGUGAGGUCCAUCAUUAAAAGAUUCACAGACAUUAACCAGACAAAGCGAUCUGGAACUGAUAAUACUCACACAAUAGCAGAGACAGCAAAACACAAGCCAACCAGACCAGCAACUAAAGACAGCGACGGUCAAUAUGGGCAGAAUGGUGAGAGCAAAAAUCCACCAGCUGAACUCGAUUCUAAACAGAAUCCCGAAGAAAGGCAGCUUCACAGUGCAGAAUUGUUUGUGCAGGAGAACGGGUUGGACUCAUGUAGGGAUGCAGUAGAUCAAGAAAAUCAGGAAGACGAUGAAGAAAAAACAACUCACAGGACGGCAAAUCUUAAAAAAGAGCCAGAGGAACAAGAUGUAGAAUGUAGGCAGCUGCAGACGGAAAGUGAGGAAAGCAUGAAUAUCCCUGACAAUGAGUCAGAGCAUGAUGAUAAGUCAGAGUCAGAAGAGGAAGGACAAAAGAGUGCCAAUAAAGAUUUAGCACGAAAAGACAGCUGUGAGCAAACUGUGUCCAGUUCAGAGGCAGGUGAGCAGCAGAGUUCAGAAGAGGAAGAGCCAGAGGUUGCAUGUGAGGAGAUAAACCAGGAGAGCAGUGAAGCUGACGAUUUGUCCAACCCUGAAAGUCCCUCAGACGAGGAAGAGGACAAGCAAUCGAGUUCCAACUAUGUGGAACUGAACGUAAGAGAGAAGAAAAGCUGUCCAGAGAGCGAAAAUCAGUUUUUGUCAGAGGAAGAGCAAUCGGAGGUCGAAUGCAAGGAGCUGAGCAACAGAGAUGACUCAUCUGAACCUGCACGUCCUUCCAGCUCAGAGAAAGAGCAGCAGAGUCAGACAUGCAGUAUGGGUCUAAAUGCCAGCGUUGAGGAAAGCACAGGAAACUCAGAGUUCGAUGAAUCAUCUUCAGAGGAAGAGCAGCCAGAGGUUGAAUUUAAGGAGCUGCAGGUUAUUGUUGAAGAAAGUCUGUCUGGCAUUGAAGACGAGGAGGAGGACGUGGGGGAAGAACACCGUCAUAAUCCUCCAAAUGAUGGGGUGCAAACUAAAAAAUUCAGAGGGUUAAAUGCUUUGAUAGAAGAGGCAGAGGAAGACAUGGACAGCUCAGAAAAUGAGGACCUUCAUGCUGAUGAAACACAAACUUGUGACAAGAGUACUAUAGGCAGAGAUUUGAUAGAAAACAAGGAUUCAUAUACAAAUAAAGAUAGCAGCAGUUUGAUCAUGUCUGACAGUUUAGGAAAACAUUUUAGAUUUAGUGCAGAUGACGACAGUGGGAACGACCACUGUGACGAACAUGUAGAAGAAGAGCAACCAAUGGUCAACGAUGAGCACAUCAGCAGCUCAAUGGAAGAAGAAUUAAGCUACUACGACAAAGAGUCCAGCUCUGAGGGGGAACAAGUCAACAUGGAGAGAUACGUAGAGGAAAGUCGUAUACAGUAUAACCAAGCUCCAGUAGUGGAAACACAACCCGAAGAUACAAAAUGUGAAAAGGCUGCGGAAAAGCUCAAGCAUCACUCUGAGGAAGUGACAUCCCAAUCUGUCGCAGAGAGAGUAAGCCUUCUAGAAAAGCAAGUUGCCGAUGCUCAGAAGCGAAAAGACACAACAAAAAGUUCUCCCAUCAGACAUUUCUCACAAAGAAACGUCCCUCUGGAGUCGGACGAGGAGGACUCGCCCUCUGAUUCGCCCACAUCUCAGCUGGCUCUCUGCACCCGAUCAGCUCCUCAGUCGUCGCUAUCCUUCAGCUACGACUCCAGCGGCGUUAUAACCACGGAGCCUGAAAGCAACAGGGUCAGAUCCAUCAGGGAAAUGUUCUUGGCGAAGAGCGCCACGGACGUCCAGGAAAGACGAUACCCGAGCUCACACGAGUUAAGAGCCGAGACCUCGGUCAGCGGCGGCUAUCAGUCUCAGACUUCGAGUGAGCUGUCCAGUGGUGAAGAUGACUCGGCACGAAAAUCCAUUACCAAAGGCUUUGUGAGGAGAACAAUCGAAAGGCUUUAUGGCAAGAAAGACGCCGAAACCAACGAGGAAGCAAGUGAAAGGCCCCCGUCUGAGCAAAAGCAGAAAAGAAAAGAACAUCCAAGCAUCUUCUCUCCUUUCCACACAGCUCGGGCGAAAGCGAUGUCCGAAUUAUCGUACUUCAAUUCCGCCAAUGCACUGGACACCUUGAGCGAAGCGACGAGAUGCAUUACUUUUAAUGCACAAGUCGGGCCUGGAGACGGCGUUCGUCUUGAUGACGGACAAUGGCUCCUCAGAGAGAACACGCUGAUCAGAAAGUCAGUUUCAGAUCCAGUCGGAAUAAACAAAAACUUUACAAACGCUCCUAAAGAAGAGGACAUAUGCAAGGACACAGAGGAGGACACUCCAUAUUCUCUCUUCAGCACAAAGCCCGAAGUGGAAGAAAAAAACAAAGUAUUGUCUAGAAAGUGCACCUACUUUUCUUUACCUCAUGCCAGCGACUCAGAUGCAUGUCAGGAUGACGUUAGCAUGGUGAGCAAGGGCAGCGCGAACAGCAGCGACGGCGUCGUGGAGCCGAAAGACAACUCGGAGGACACCAAGUCAUGGGCAGAGAGGAACGGCAUGCUGCCCGGCGUCCCUGACUUCAAGAUAAAGGACAACAAAGUGCACCCGCUGACCGAGCCUCCGCCUGAUGGUGAGGUUGUUGUGGUGCAGCCUGGGAAAGGUUACGGCGUUGUCAACAGGAGGUUACAGGAACCUGAUGUGUUGGACAUUUUGUACAAUUUUUGUGGUGAGAAUUGCCCCAUCCUGUAA